AUGCCCCACUCGCGUGCGGCGCCCCGUCGGCGCGCCCCGGCCAGACGCCAGUCGACUGGCAUCACUCUGUGUCUGGCCCGGCGCUCGCUCGCCUCCUCCCUCCGUUCGUCGGCUGGUCUCGUUGGCCAGUCGGGCGCCGCUUUGUCGGCGGCUCCCUCGGUGGCCUCCUCUGCCGUGCUUGCUAGCCGCCCGGCCGCCACCGGCCUGCUUAGCCGCCUGACUGUGUCCAAUGCCGAGCCCUCCGGCCCGUUGGCCGAGGCCCGGCGCAUGUAUAGCACCUCGCACGGCCUCUCCGAGGCCGCCAUGCGCACCAUUGUCGACACCGGCUCCGCCAGCAAGGUGAACAUUGUUCCCCGUACUGCCGACCAUCAUAGCCGCAUCGUCAUCUACCAGGAGUCCAUGAAGAAGUUCAAGCCGGUCACCAACAGUAUUCGCUUCCGUCUGAUCAACUCGCGCGACCACCUCUAUCGCGGUCGUCCCUACAAGCGCCUGACCAUCGGUCUCCGCAAGAAGGGUGGCCGAAACAACACCGGCCGCAUCACUGUCCGCCACCACGGUGGUGGCCAUCGCCGCCUCUACCGCAUGGUGGACUUCCACCGGAACAACCCCAACCCCCAUGUUGUCCAGCGUCUGGAGUAUGACCCCAACCGUUCGGCCUGGAUUGCCCUCACCCGUGACGAGGUCACCGGCAAGUUCUCCUACAUCCUGGCCUAUCGCGAUUGCAACCCCGGCGACGUGGUGACCUCCGGCCCGGACGUCGACAUUCAGCCUGGCAACUGCCUGCCCCUCUCCUCGAUCCCGGUCGGCUCGCUUGUGCACAACAUCGAGAUGGUCCCCGGCUCCGGCGGCAAGAUCUCCCGCGCGGCGGGUGCCUACGCACAGCUCCUGCGCUCGGGUCCCACCGGGAUGGCCAUUCUGCGCCUGAUGUCCGGUGAGACUCGCCAGGUCAGCGUCAAGUGCAAGGCCACGCUCGGUGUGGUUUCGAACACCCUUCAUGGGCUGCGUGUCCAUGGCAAGGCCGGUGUCAGCCGCUGGCUCGGCAUCCGCCCCGCCGUCCGUGGUGAGGUCAUGAACCCGAUCGAUCACCCGCACGGUGGUAAGACCCGUGGUGGUCGCCCCUCGCAGACCCCCUGGGGCAAGCCCACCAAGGGCAAGCCCACUCGCCAGCUCCACAAGGCCAGCGACCGUGACAUCCUCGUGUCCCGCCGUCGUGCCCUCGGCAAGGUUGGCAAGAAGAGCGGGCGCUCUUGAGGCCGGGGCCUACGCGUGCGCGCCCCCGCGCGGGGACCCCGCUGUGCACCUGUGUCCCCUUUCGGUCGCGCAUGCCCCGACACACACACACACACACGCCCGCCCUCUGUCUCGGUCUCUUUUCUCUUUCUCUCUCUCUCUCUC